AUCCUGGCGCGGCCCUGGGCGCCGCCGCCACUGCCGUCGGGGAGGUCCCAGCGCGGACAUGUCCUCGCGCGCCGCCCUCCCGGGCUCCGGCCACCGGCGCCCCGCGCAGUAGCCCCGCAGAGGCGGCCUGGACGGCGCGGACAGCGGCGGGCGGGCGGCAUGGAGGAGGCGCACCUGCUCCCGGCCGCCGACGUGCUGCGCCGCUUCUCGGUGACCGCCGAGGGCGGCCUCAGCCCCGAGCAGGUGACCAGCGCGCGGGAGCGUCACGGCCCCAACGAGCUCCCAACUGAGGAAGGCAAGUCCCUGUGGGAGCUGGUGCUGGAGCAGUUUGAUAACCUCCUGGUGCGCAUCCUGCUGCUGGCUGCCCUGGUCUCUUUUGUCCUGGCCUGGUUCGAGGAGGGUGAGGAGACCACAACAGCCUUUGUGGAGCCCUUGGUCAUCAUGCUGAUCCUCGUGGCCAAUGCAGUCGUGGGCGUGUGGCAGGAACGCAAUGCUGAGAGUGCCAUUGAAGCCUUGAAGGAGUAUGAGCCUGAGAUGGGCAAGGUGAUCCGCUCAGACCGCAAGGGUGUGCAGAGGAUCCGCGCCCGGGACAUUGUUCCUGGGGACAUUGUUGAAGUGGCAGUAGGGGACAAGGUGCCUGCUGACCUCCGCCUCAUCGAGAUCAAGUCCACCACGUUACGAGUGGACCAAUCCAUCCUGACAGGUGAAUCUGUGUCUGUGACCAAGCACGAGGAGGCCAUCCCAGACCCCAGAGCUGUGAACCAGGACAAGAAGAACAUACUGUUUUCUGGCACCAAUAUUGCAUCAGGCAAAGCAGUGGGUGUGGUAGUGGCCACAGGUCUGCACACAGAGCUUGGCAAGAUCCGCAGCCAGAUGGCAGCCGUGGAGCCUGAACGGACGCCGCUGCAGCGCAAGCUGGAUGAGUUUGGGUGCCAGCUGUCCCGUGCCAUCUCUGUCAUCUGUGUGGCCGUGUGGAUCAUCAACAUUGGCCACUUUGCUGACCCAGCCCACGGGGGCUCCUGGCUCCGAGGUGCCAUCUACUACUUUAAGAUUGCUGUGGCCCUGGCCGUGGCUGCCAUUCCCGAGGGCCUCCCAGCGGUCAUUACCACAUGCCUGGCUCUGGGUACACGGCGCAUGGCCCGCAAGAACGCCAUUGUGCGGAGCCUGCCGUCUGUGGAGACGCUGGGCUGCACCUCGGUCAUCUGCUCUGACAAGACAGGCACGCUCACCACCAACCAGAUGUCUGUCUGCAGGAUGUUCGUGGUUGCAGAAGCGGAAGCAGGCUCCUGUCGAUUGCAUGAGUUCACCAUCUCGGGUACCACAUACGCUCCAGAGGGCGAAGUGCGACAGGGAGAACAACCUGUGCGCUGUGGGCAGUUUGAUGGACUGGUGGAGCUGGCGACCAUCUGUGCCCUGUGCAAUGACUCUGCUCUGGACUACAAUGAGGCCAAGGGCAUCUACGAGAAGGUUGGGGAGGCCACAGAGACGGCACUGACUUGCCUGGUGGAGAAGAUGAACGUGUUCGACAUGGACCUGCAGGCCCUGUCCCGGGUGGAGCGAGCUGGUGCCUGCAAUGCGGUCAUCAAGCAACUCAUGAAGAAGGAGUUCACCCUCGAGUUCUCCCGGGACCGGAAGUCCAUGUCAGUGUACUGCACACCCACUCGCCCUGACCCAAAGACCCAGGGCAGCAAGAUGUUUGUGAAGGGGGCUCCUGAGAGUGUGCUGGAGCGCUGCAGUUCAGUCCGAGUGGGGAGCCGGACAGCACCCCUGGACUCCACCUCCCGGGAACAAAUCCUGGCAAAGAUCCGAGAUUGGGGCUCCGGCUCAGACACGCUGCGGUGCCUGGCGCUGGCCACCCGGGAUGUGCCCCCGAGGAAGGAGGACAUGCAGCUGGAUGACUGUAGCAAGUUUGCACAGUACGAGACAGACCUGACCUUCGUGGGCUGUGUGGGGAUGCUGGACCCACCCCGGCCUGAAGUGGCCGCCUGCAUCGUGCGCUGCCACCGGGCAGGCAUCCGUGUGGUCAUGAUCACAGGGGACAACAAGGGCACAGCUGUGGCUAUCUGCCGCCGGCUUGGCAUCUUCGAGGACUCUGAGGAUGUGGCAGGCAAGGCCUACACGGGCCGAGAAUUCGAUGACCUCAGCCCCGAGCAGCAGCGCCACGCCUGCCUCACUGCCCGCUGCUUCGCCCGGGUGGAGCCCGCACACAAGUCCCGGAUUGUGGAGUUCCUGCAGUCCUUUAACGAGAUCACUGCCAUGACUGGUGAUGGAGUGAAUGAUGCACCAGCUCUGAAGAAAGCAGAGAUUGGCAUUGCCAUGGGCUCGGGCACGGCUGUGGCCAAGUCAGCAGCAGAGAUGGUGCUGUCUGACGACAACUUCGCCUCCAUUGUCGCCGCGGUGGAAGAGGGCCGGGCUAUCUACAACAACAUGAAGCAGUUCAUCCGCUACCUCAUCUCCUCAAACGUCGGUGAAGUGGUCUGCAUCUUCCUCACGGCAAUUCUGGGCCUGCCCGAAGCCCUGAUCCCCGUGCAGCUGCUCUGGGUGAACCUGGUGACAGAUGGCUUACCUGCCACAGCCCUUGGCUUCAACCCCCCAGACCUGGAUAUCAUGGAAAAGCUGCCCCGGAACCCUCGUGAGGCACUCAUCAGUGGCUGGCUCCUCUUCCGAUAUCUGGCUAUUGGAGUGUACGUGGGCCUGGCCACAGUGACUGCUGCCACCUGGUGGUUCCUGUAUGAUGCCGAGGGACCACGUGUCACCUUCUACCAGCUGAGGAACUUCCUGAAAUGCGCUGAAGACAACCCGCUCUUCACUGGAGUCGACUGUGAGGUCUUUGAAUCCCGCUUCCCCACAACCAUGGCCUUGUCUGUGCUCGUGACCAUUGAAAUGUGCAAUGCCCUCAACAGCGUCUCAGAGAACCAGUCGCUGCUGCGGAUGCCGCCCUGGCUGAACCCCUGGCUGCUGGCAGCUGUGGCCAUGUCCAUGGCCCUGCACUUCCUCAUCCUGCUCGUGCCGCCCCUGCCGCUCAUUUUCCAGGUGACCCCACUGAGUGGGCGCCAGUGGGUGGUGGUGCUGCAGAUAUCCCUGCCUGUCAUCCUGCUUGACGAGGCCCUCAAGUACCUGUCUCGGAAUCACGUGGACGGCAUUCUCUGGAGAGCGCUGCAGGCCUGGAGGAGGCAACCGCCGACCACAUCUCGGACCCCGGACCACACUGGAUUGGCCUCUUUGGUGUCAUCUUCUGGAAAGAAAGGACCAGAAGUGAGUGCCGGGAGCAGAGUGGAGUCUCCAGGGACAGCCUCACACUGAUGGUGCCCAGGCUUUGCCCCUACUUCCCUGCCCUGCAGCUGCACCUGCGCCCUGCCACCGGGCCCUGCUUGAGCCCAGGACCGCCACCCCAGGCCCAGGCAUGGGCUAGGGUGGGAGGUGUCCCUGUCCCACUCCCGUCUCAGCAGGAGGCUCUGUAGUCUGUGUCUCUUGGACCCCUCCUGAGAAGCUCUGGCUGGGGCGACUAAGAAGCCAGCGUGGGCACAGAUACGGAGCCCCUCCCCCUGCACCCCGACACAUCCUGGAGAUGCACCCCUUGCUAAAGGCCGGGCAUUUACUUGGUGAUGGGACCUCCACACUGAUGGAGGACUCCUGGGCCCUCGGGACUGACUCUGCCCUCUUGUCUAAUGCCCGGUCUGGGGCCUGUUGGUGCCAGAGAUGGGGACCCAAGGGACCAUCUGGGCCCAGCCAUGCACAGAAAGGCAGGUGGCCCCUCCACGCAGCUCUCUGCCCCUGCGGGCUGGAGCCUGUUUCUGUUUCUGUUUCUGUUUCUGUGUGCAGGCACCAGGGUGGAAGGACCAGGGAGGACACAAGGCGCCGAGAGCGGGGCUGGCAAGGACCCCUUUCCCAGGAGACACUGGGCUGCCUGCCUCAGCUUGGCUUACUUCCCCAACUCAGGUUUUCCUACCCUAAGCAAGCAGCCUAGUGUCGCCCAGUCUGCCAAGAGGAGGGACCUGUGCAUGUCCGUGGUCCCCUAGAUGGGGCACCCACAUGUGCCUGCCCACUGUGCCCUCCUGAGUGUGACUGUCCCUGCACGUCUGGGUGCUUUGAGCCUCCCACUUUGUCCACCCCUCCUACUCACAUACGCGUGCCCCAGCAGGAUGUCAGGAAGGCUGUUACCCAGGGUACUUCCUGUUCCUCCCUGGGGCGGAGGGAUUCAGAGCACUUCUGCAUGCACGUGUCAGAUGGUAGAAGAUAACAUUUGAUGGACAGGGUUUUUGCUCCUUUGGCAAAAACUAGCUUCGUGCAGCAAAGAGCAGUGGCUGUGUGCCUCUGCCUUUCCCUGAGAGCAUACAAAGUGAUCAUUUUAUGUGUGAAUUGAAACUCACAUCCUUGUGCUGGUCCCCAGAAUCAGAAGCCCCUUCAGCAGGCCUUGAAGACAAAUGGGCUCCCCCUUGCAGAGUCCUCUCCCCCAGGCCUACCCCCCUUUGGGUUCUGGAAGGGCCAUGAAAGAAACCGAGUCAGGAGAGUCGUACCUGUGUCAAGGCCCUGCACCCACCUGCUGCCAUGCUGUCUUGUAGAGAAAUAAAGGCUGUGUGUAUGGGGCA